GAUGGCAUUUGAGCAGCAUUUAGUCGAAACAUUUAUAAAGACGUACAAAUUAUUAAUAUGAAGAAAUGCUGCAUAAUUUAUUUGAUAUGAUUUCAGACCAAGAGUACACCCGAGCACGUAGGUCAUGAAGGGCACAAUGGGUUCGAACUCGCUUCAGCGGCGCAUAAUGUGUGUACUUCGCAGCAUAUUAUAUCUCCAGGCGCCAUGAAGACAAUACAUGCCAUACCAGGCAAACGGUUGUUAUACUGUCCCAUGGAAAAGAUAGGUACAACGUUCUGGAGGCGAGUGCUUUACAUGCUAGCCGUCAAUCAACCUGCAAAAUACAAACAACCAUAUGACGUGCCAAUAAACAUCGCCCUUGGUCAAGCGAAACGUUUUACACAUCCAAUAUCCAGUUCAAAAUCUGGGAAUCUUUUGACAAAAAGUUCGUUUAGUUUUCUUUUUGUAAGAAAUCCAUAUUCAAGACUGCUUUCAGCCUUUAUUGACAAACUUGUGCCUCCUAAUCCAACGUUUUGGAAAGCGUUUGGCGUAAAGGCAAUAUCUCAGUUCCGUCCUAAACAGGGGAGACAAUCCACACAUGUUGCAACUGGUGGACAUGAUGUCACGUUUGCAGAAUUUUUAAAAUAUGUCGUCAAUGCAGAAAAGGUCGGAAGGGGGAUUGAUGCUCAUAUCAUUAGCAUCAACAAAGGAUGUAAGCCUUGUGUUUAUGAUUACAAGUACGUUGGAAGAAUGGAAUCAUUCAAAGAUGACGCACUAUUUAUAAUGAGAAAACUUGAAAUGAAUAGUACUGUAGAUGCUAUGGAACGGUCUUUUAAUGAUUUCACUGUAGAUGAUGCAAUCACCGACAGUAUAAGAAGUCCAUUUUCAUGGAAGCCAGCUAUAUUAAAGUAUAUAUCAUGGGAAAAGGCAUUGCAAAGGAUCUGGCUUAAACUGCAGAUGCGUGGAAUUAUUGAAAGCAGAAUAGAACUUAACAUAGCCAAAGAGGAUGUUAAUAAAAUUAAUGUAAAUCAGUUUAUAGAAAUGGCAAGAAAGGCACAUAGAGAUUCAGAUCAAACAGAACUGAAGAAACAAAAAGAUUUGGUGAAAAAGGAGGCUUUCGCCACUGUACCUCUUAGGGACUUGAAUGCAUUCAGGGACACUUUUAAGCCAGAUUUUUCUUUGUUUGGCUAUGAUUCUUCACCUUCUUAUAUAUUUGACCGUGGUGAAGAACCACAAAGUCCGACUCGUUUCUUUAAUUACUCGCAUCUUAACUAAUUUUUUUUCAUUAUUCCAUAUUAAUACUGUACGGAUUUGCCCUGUGUUUCUAUCUGUAAUGUUUUAUUUUAUUCUUAAACCAUGUACAUUGUUUUUUUUUUAAGUUUUGCAAUAUCCCAUGUUAAAUUUUAAGUAUUUUAUGAGGUAUAAUAAAAAAUAUCAUUAGCCAUUUAAUGUAAUGUUGGAAAACGUUUGCUUGUCUCUGUAGGGACGUUACGUCAUUUCAAAUAAAAAAAGUCAUUGUAAAAAUGAAUUUUUCUCUUAUAUAAUUACAACGGUUCUCGGCAUAAUAUGAUGCACUUCUUCUGUUAAUGAAUUAACUUCUAUCGUUCUUUCAAAAUGAAAAGUGCUGAUUCGGAACCCAAACAAACAAUACUAGAUGUAAUUGUUGGUGAUUUCAGAUCACAGUACCCCUAUUUCGGUUUGAUCAAGUCUGUAUUCGAACACCUUGUUGAGUUUACCAAAGACAAUGUUUUCUGUUUCUGUCCUUCGAAAUAUACAGAAUUGUCCCCAGUAAGAAUUGAGUCGAACUUGUCUAAUAACAUCGCCUAAAGUAAUUUUCACUGUUGUGCAAGGUAUUGUAGGAGUAACAGGGGCCAGUGUACAGAUUGUUGUAUUUUGUACAUUUCUAUUUGGUUUGCAAAAAUAACUCUUGUAUUUACAGGAGAACACGUACUUGCUUACUAACUAGAUGUAGUUUUAUCUGAAGUAUUUGAAAUUUUAUAUCUGUAUGGAUACGUAGCUAUGCUUUUUAUUUUAGAUUUCAAUACGGGUGUGUAUCAAUAUUUUGAAUUUUACACGUUCAUAAAACAUUUUUAAAACAUGAUUUUCUGGUUUCAUUUAUCAAACAAAAGUUUAUAUAUGAAUUGCGAUUUUCUACACGCACGUAUUGAAAUCUCAACGCCCUUUAAGUUUCGCUAUAAAUAGCACAAAAAUGUAUUUUGAUAAACAUUCGAAAACAAAUAGGAAUAAAAUUUAACCAUUGUAAUACAGCUACCAACAUUUGUUUAAAAUUUUGUCAACUUGUCUUUCAGGGUGCUUGACAUUAUCUUAAUGUGAGAUAUAAUUUGCAGCCAAUGUUUCCUGAAAGAUGUAUUAGUAUUUUAUUGAUGUUAUGUUCUUCGCUAAUACAUAAUAAAUUUGUGCGAGGACAUUGUAUUAUACAGAAAAGAGUGUGAUCACUGAACUCCUACAUAUUUAUUUAUUAUUUUCUAGUCUAUGUAUAUGUUAUUGUUAAUUAAAAGGCUUUUUUUUAUUUAUAGAAUAAUUGAAUGAAAUACUUUUUAGACCGACCAUUCGAAGAAAAAAGAGGUCUUUUCCGCUCACAAGGGCUCGCGUCACACAUUAAUCAUAGUUUCGCACAGAAAGCAAUGUAGAUGUUAGACUGAAACUUCAUACAGGCCUUCCUAGUCAUCAAACCUACUGAAAUGACCAAAUUAGAUAACUAUUGGUUGACUUCAAGACAGUCUAUGAUCGUUUCUUGUUAUUUCCAAUAGGUGUUGGAUGUUACAAUAUCCCAUGAUAUGCGGUGCCAUUUCUCUAUUUAUUCACUAUUUUUUGAUAAUCUAAUUUCAUGUCGUGAUAUCCUUAUACCAUUAAAUGCCUUGAACUGAUUUAUGUAUAUCAGUCUUUCAUACACACUAGUGUUAUUUUACAAUUUUUACAUAUUUAAUAUAUUUAAUGAUAUCAUACCAUUUUUAAAUUUGGACACCAAUUAUUCAGUCAACGAUACAAUGAAACUGAAUUUAAGAUGAAUCUAAUAAAACCUAUGAAAAAAAACUCAUUUAAUAAUAUAAUAAAAUGGAUUUUGUGAUAUCUCUUUAGAUAUGUUUAUUGUUAUUCGGUGAAAUCUUAACUUCAUUUUGUGUUGUAAAAUGAUUAAAAAUAUAGCAUGGAUCCAGACCAGCCUGCGCAUGUCUGGUCAGGAUCCAUGCUGUUCGCUAACAGUUUCUCUAAUUGCAAUAGGCUAUGAAAGCGAACAACAUGGAUCCUGAUCAGACUGCGCGGAUGCGCAGGCUGGUAUGGAUUCAUGCUGGUCGCAAACGCACUAUGUUGGUAAUCUCAUGGUGUGGCUCAAAUGAUAUCAUAAAAUGUACUUAUGAUGUCCGAAAAUGAAUAAAUGACAUCACACAAUUAAUUAACGAAAAUGGUGAAUAAAAAGUAAAAACGCAUCCCGUUCAAUAAUAUCAUUUCCGUUUUAGGAAACUAGGAGUCUCUUGAAAAUAGGUUUAUUUCAGACAUCUGUCUGUCUUUCUUGAGUUUGAUGUAAUUUUUCAUUUUUAUUUAUUUAUCUAUUUAUUUGGGUUUUACGACGCACCAACACAGUAUAGGUUAUAUGGCGCCAAACAGGACUAAAAUUUUGGUUUCACAUCUCAUUUACAUCGAAAUAAAAAAAAAAAUUUUUAAUGAAAGCAGUUUUCUAUAUAAAUCAUGGCCUAAACGAUGUGAAAAAAAAAAUUUAAAAAUCAACCCAGUUGGGAGGCAUUCAUGUUAUAUCAAUAUUAUUUUUGUUAUUCUUUCAAGUAUACAUAUUUUGUUCAAGUACGUUUGAUUUCGGGUACCUUAUUUGAAUGAACUUUUAUUUUAAGAUUUUUAUAUUCUAUUUACAUGUACACGUAUUUUUAUUGUUAUUUAUUAUGUGAAUAAAAUCGAUGAAAAAAAAUAUAAAGGAGCUUUCGAUGUGUUUAAGAUUAUACAUUAUGCAUUUAAUAACGUAUCUUUAACAGGUCUGGUUAAGUAACCAGGCACGAUUUGUUUCUCGGAUGAUCACAUCUAAUAUUGGUGUAUUAUGUCAUGCACUGAACAAGAUCUAAGCUUCAGUGGUUUGUUUCGGAGAAGAUGUAUAAAUAAGUCAUUUUUGCAUACAAUUUGUUAUGA